UAAACUCCUCAUCUUCCUCCCUCCUCUACUCCUUCUUCUAUAUACACUACGCUCUCCUUCCCAGUCCCCCCCUUGUUCCUCAUUAACACUCUUUCUAAUUUUUCUUCUUCUUCUUUUUUUCUUUUUUCUUCAAUUUUUUAAAUAUGGAUAUUCCGCACUUCUUGUUCGGAGUUCUUGGAAAUGCAACUGCUCUGUUUCUAUUCUUGUCACCAAUGGUUACAUUCAAGAGAAUCAUAAGAAGCAAAUCAACGGAGGAGUUCUCAGGCAUUCCAUACGUGAUGACGAUGUUGAAUUGCCUUCUAUCAGCAUGGUACGGAUUACCAUUUGUGUCUCCGCACAAUAUAUUGGUAUCGACGAUAAACGGAACGGGGGCGGUGAUAGAAUUGAUAUACGUGAUGGUGUUCAUAAUAUAUGCGCCGAAGAAAGAGAAGGGGAAAAUAGGAGGCUUAUUUGGAUUUGCAAUGGGGGCUUUCACGGCGGUGGCGUUGGUGUCGGUCUUUGCGUUGGAAGGCAAAAUCAGAAAGCUCUUCUGUGGUUUGGCUGCUUCCGUUUUUUCCAUCAUCAUGUACGGUUCCCCACUCUCCAUCAUGAGAACAGUGAUAAAGACGAAGAGUGUGGAGUAUAUGCCAUUUUUGCUGUCGCUGUUCGUGUUCUUGUGUGGCACGUCUUGGUUCAUUUAUGGCCUUCUUGGCCGCGAUCCUUUUGUUGCUGUGCCAAAUGGGUUCGGGUGUGGCUUGGGUGCGUUACAGCUGAUUCUCUACUUCAUCUACCGUGCUCCUCGCCCCGCCCCAGAUGAGAAACCCACUAAUAACGAUGGCCCCAACAUGGAAAUGGGCCUGCACAAGCCCCAACUAGACAAGCCUCAAGCUACUGCCAAAGUGGACCGUGAUGAUCAAGUUUAAGCCAGACCACCGCCCGGUCUUAUUUCUGGGGGUUUUCUCUCCCUAUUAUGUUUUUAGCCUUUUUUGUUUUCUUUUUCUUUUUUUCCUCUUUUAUCUUUUGUUUUCUUGUAGAAGACGACAUGUCGUUCUACACCCUCAACAAACUGAUAGGAGAGGAACGACGUGUGUCUCCCUCCAUCUUGUGAUGUUUUUUCUGCUUUUUGGAAGAAAAAAAAAAAAAGAUAGUUAAUUGCUUGUGUAUUUCGAACUUCCCAAAUGUUACCGAGGAAGCCUUAGCUGACUGCAUCUCCAUUUUAUCUUGUAAACAUAAAACGAGUUGAUGUUCGUGAGAGGGUUCAAUUUUAUAUUACAAA